AUGGUUGAGGAGAGGAAGAUGGGGGGCUCGUGGUUUAGUCCGCCUGAUAUGACCCCAGAGCCGAGGAAGAAGGAGGUCGAGAAGAAGAAAAAGGUUCAGAGGAAGGAUGAUAUUAAACUCUGUGUUACUAUGUGA